AAUAAACAAAAUUUCACAUAAACACAGGCAAAGGGGGGCUGUCGGUGCAAAGGAGUUGGGUCGUCGCCUUCAUAUUACAUGCAAUUCAUCCAGCCUGUUCUUAAAGCUUAACCCACCAACUCAAUCUCCACCGUUGAUCUCACCAGAAUCUUAAAUCACAUCAAUACUGAUUACUGACCCCACACCCUUUCCUCUUCGACAACCACAGCCCACCUUCAUCUCCUCUCAUAUUCAUUCCUUUCCUUCAACUCUAACCCAAGAUCUAAGUUGUUGUUGAACAAAAUGGCGGCAAUGAAACUGUCGGCAAUGGCGGUGGUUGCGCUAACGAUAAUGACAUUGGCUGGAUUGGCGAUUGCGGAUUUGUCCGAGGAGACAAAGGUGAAGAUUGUCAAAGGGAAGAAGGUGUGUACUAGAGGAUGGGAGUGUGGUACUUGGUCUAAAUACUGUUGUAAUCAGACCAUUUCGGAUUUCUUUCAAGUUUAUCAGUUUGAGAAUUUGUUCGCCAAGAGGAAUCUUCCUGAAGCUCAUGCUGUUGGUUUCUGGGAUUAUCAAUCCUUUAUCAUUGCUGCUUCCCAGUUUCAGCAUCUAGGGUUUUGUACUACUGGUGGUAAGCUUAUGGGUAUGAGGGAACUCGCCGCCUUUCUUGGACAUGUCGGCAGCAAAACUUCUUGUGGUUAUGGAGUUGCCACAGGUGGACCAUUUGCCUGGGGACUUUGCUAUAACAGGGAAUUGAGCCCAAGCCAAAAGUACUGUGAUGAAAGUUACAAGUACACUUACCCCUGUUCACCUGGAGCUGACUACUAUGGCCGAGGAGCUAUUCCUAUUUACUGGAACUACAACUAUGGAGCUGCAGGCGUAGCACUUAAAGAGGAUUUGCUGAAUCAUCCGGAGUACAUAGAGCAGAAUGCUACGCUUGCCUUCCAAGCUGCAAUAUGGAGGUGGAUGACACCAUUGAAGAAAGGACAACCAUCAGCACACCAAGCUUUUGUUGGGGAUUGGAAGCCUACAAAGAAUGAUACUUUGUCAAACCGUUUCCCUGGCUUUGGAAUCACCAUGAAUAUCUUGUAUGGAGAUGGUGUUUGUGGGAAGGGUGAGGUCGAUGAUAUGAACAACAUCAUGUCUCACUACCAACACUACCUUGACUUGAUGGGUGUUGGUGCAGAACAAGCGGGAACCAAUCUCACCUGUGGUGAACAAAAGGCUUUCAACCCAUCAAAUUCGGGGAGCUCCUCAUCUUGAGUGUCAGCAAUAAUAUGCUUGCUAUUGUAUUCUUUUUUGGGAUUGAUCCUCUGCACAAAUUCAUUGAUAUCAAUAAGCUGAGGGUCAUUCUUGAUGUCAUUUGUUACUUGUGAGGUGGUGCGUUUUUUUCUUUACUCGUUGAAUAUGAAGUAGCCUCUUGUUUAAGUUUGAAGUGAAUGUCUGGUUCUGGUCUUGCACUUAUUAGUACUGUAGUUUUUAAAAUGUGUUUAUGAUGUAAUUAUGUUGUAAUAUCAAACGAUUUUUGAACCAUAAAUGUUGAUAAUUAUAUAGUAUUUUUUCUGAUUCA